GCAGCACGCAUAGAAUGACGCAUCCAUUCACAGCGCUUUUACUUCCUGCAUCUGUGGCUACAGCUGAUGCUUUCUAAGGGGCGCGGCACAGGCACUGACUGUAGCCUAAUGGGCUGUCGUGCAUUUUAACAGAAGUUUUAGUUUUCUUUUCUAACCCGGCUGUAACUUUGGUGUGGACCCAGCACAAUGGAGCUCUUUAACAGGGUCAGCACGGCUGAGGGAAGAGAGGUAGAGGCUAAGCGUUCAUGCCAGUUACGGACUCUUCUUCACUAGAGCUGACUGUUGUCCUGUAAAUAUGGAUCAGAUAAAAGAAGCCAGGGUGCCGUGCUCCAGCCUCCUCACCUACCACAGAGAGCUGCUCGUGACCAGGCUGAGGAGCAUUCAGUGCAUCCUGGACAACCUGUUCACCUGUGGCUUCUUCUGUCAGGAGGAUGUUGAGAUUGUUCAGCAAACUGCCACCAAGGCUGAUCAGGUGCGCAAAGUCCUGGAGCUGGUCCAGUGCAAAGGGGAGGAGGCCUGUGAAUAUUUCAUCUUCAUAAUUUAUAACGUAUGUGAUGCAUACAUAGACCUGCAGCCAUGGCUGGAAGAGAUCAACUACAACCCAAGUGAAGAUGUAGCAGUGAUGAAGGUGGUUAACACUGAUCCAAUCAGCAGAUACUGUGAGAAGUUAAGACAUGACAUGAGCCGGGACACCAGCUUCAUCAUGUCCUAUGGCCAGCAAGAGGAGACGCGGCUGGAGGACCUCUACACUGACACUGUGAUGGAACUGCUAAAUGACUGCAAUGAAAGCCUGGGCUUCUUAGAGAGUGUGGACCAGCUCCUGGGAGAUCACGCAGCUUUCAACCCCCAAGGUGAAAUCAUCUACGUAAUGGGGGAUGCUGGUGUGGGAAAAUCCAUCCUUCUGCAGAAGCUCCAGAACCUCUGGUCCAUAAAGGAGUUGCAGACGGAUGCAGUCUUCUUCUUUAAGUUUCGCUGUAGGAUGUUCAGCACCUUCAAGGACGCAGAACAAAUCUCUCUCAGAGACCUUUUGUUCAAACACAACUGCUACCCAGAUCACGAUCCAGACAAUGAAGUGUUUGAUUACAUCCUGCGCUUCCCAGAGAAAGUCGUUUUUACCUUUGACGGCUACGAUGAGAUUCAGGAGGACGUCGACCUGAUGAACCUGCCUGAGGUGGUUUCACCGGAGGAUAAGGCCAACCCGCUCCAGCUGCUUAUCAGCUUGCUCUGUGGGAAAUUACUCAAGGGCUCUCAAAAAGUGCUGACGGCCCGGACAGGGAUUGAGAUCCAAAGCAGGGUGAUCAGAAAGAAGGUGGCUCUGCGUGGGUUCUCCCCAGAUCACCUGAAGACUUACACUGAUUUGCACUUUAAGGAGCAGGAGCACAGAGAGCUGGUGUCCAUUCAGCUGGAUGCCAGCCCCCACCUCUGUGGGCUGUGCUCCACCCCGCUGUUCUGCUGGAUUGUAUUUAAGAGCUUUGGACACCUGCACACAAUGCACGACAGCUUCCAUCUGCCCGAAACCUGCAUCACGCUCACCGACAUCUUCCUCCUGCUGUCCGAAGUGUUCCUCAGUCGCUCUGCUACACCCGCUUUGCUGAAGAAAAGCACCCGCUGCACCUCGGAGACGUUCAAAGCAGGGCUCAGGCCUCUUGCUGUGUUUGCCAAGCUGGCGCUGCAGGGAAUGGAGAGAGGCAGCUUCAUUUCCAGCCAAGAGGAGAUCAGUGAGUGUGGUGUGAUGGAGCAAGAUCUGACUCUCGGCUUUCUCAGACCUGUUAGUGAGGAGGGUGCUAGCGGGAGCUCCGCUACCUUUGAGUUCCUCCACAUCACCCUUCAGUCUUUCCUGGCGGCUUUUGCUCUGGUGUUGGACGAGCAGGCUGCUGCCAGCUCCAUCCUCAAGUUCUUCACAGAGUGCAGCAGGAGAAGGAAGGUGUCUUGUCUGCCUCUUGAUUCCUGCAUAAGUAGCUCUUCAAAGCCCAGCGAAAAGAAGCCGUUUGCAACCAACGAACACCUGCAGUUCACUAAUCUGUUCCUGUGCGGCCUGCUGUCCAAGAGUCAAAGAGGCUUGAUGGGACAUCUGGUGUCUCCCGUCUUACUGAAGAAGAAACGGGCCCUGCUGAAGUCGUACCUUUCCACUAGUGUCAAGUUGCACCUGCGCGGCUUACCCCACUACGACGGCCAGGAAGGCAAGAAAGUUCACGUCUUGCCCAACUUCCUGUGGAUGCUGAGGUGCAUAUUCGAGACGGGAAGCAAAGACAUUGCUCAGGUGACGGCGAAAGGCAUCACGGCCGGCUUCAUCAAGCUGGGUUACUGUAAUGUGUACUCGGGUGACUGCACCGCCCUGAACUUUGUGCUGCAGCACCGUCAGAAAGUCCUGGGGCUCGACAUGGAUAACAACAACAUCAGCGACUAUGGGGUGAAGCAGCUCAAGCCUUCCUUUUGCAAGAUGACCGUAGUGAGACUGUGUGUGAAUCACCUGUCCGACAGCAGCAUCGAGAUUCUUGCAGAGGAGCUGUGCAAACACAAAGUUGUGGAGGUUUUGGGGCUUUACAACAAUAACAUCACAGAUGUUGGAGCCAGGCUUGUUGCUCAGAUCAUCGAAGAAUGCCCCAAACUGCGAGUUCUCAAGAUUGGUAAAAACAAGAUCACCAGUGUUGGUGGGAGGCAUCUGGCCAACGCCAUAAAGAAGAGCUCGUCAAUAUUCGACGUUGGGAUGUGGGGCAACAGUAUCGGCGAUGAGGGAGCAGAAGCAUUUGGAGAAGCUUUGAGGAACCACCCGAGCCUCACCAACCUCAGUCUGUCGGCCAAUUGCAUUACAUCCAGAGGUGGGCGGGGCCUGGCUGAAGCACUGAAAGAGAACACGGCACUCAGGAUAUUCUGGUUGGUGGAGAAUGAAAUGACCGAUGAUGCAGCUCCACACCUGGCUGACAUGAUUCGGGCAAACACUGGUCUGACCCACCUGUGGUUAAUCAGCAACCGGUUCACUGUGGAAGGGAUCAGGCAGCUCGCUGAGGCCCUCGCUCACAACAAAGCACUCAAAGAGAUAUGCGUGAAAGGAAACCGGCUCUCUGAAGAGGAAGAGCAGCAGUUUGUGUCGGAGAAGCGGCUGCGGUUCCACUGACUGGGCACCUCACAUGACGCAUGCACGGAGCUGAGUGAAGGAGGAAGUGCGCUCGGUCCGUGUGCUGGUGUCAGCAAACAGUUUCACCCGAUGCUGCGGGGAUAAAGUCGCACCACCUCCAUUGUCUGUGUUUUUAUCUAUUUAAUAUUCUUAAGCGAAAAACCCAGAAUGUUUCUUUUUGAAAUCUCUGAACGACAUCAUCGUGUUUCAUUUUGGGGACUUUCCCCUAAAAUUUCAACAAGGGUUUCAGUUUUCCACAAAAGUUAGGAAGUGGGAGCUUAAACAAGAAGUAUACAGCAUGCUGACUUCCUCACAUGCACACCUUGUUUUGUGUGUACUGUAAAUGCUCUUUUAUAUUCAUCUUACUGUUACACAAAUGCUGUUUUUCACUUGAUGGUGUUUCAAAGGUCUCGAACUCUUUCCUGUGUUCCUGCAUAGAUGUGACCUAAAGUGUUACAAGAAUAAAUAAGUGGAGCCCAAACACUCCUGAGUGG